AUGUUUGAAUGUGGGGUGAAGCUACGUUACCAGCUGACUCUGUUUUCAGGAUUGUUGGAGUGCCUUUGUUUUACUGGGGUUGUGUAUGGCUGGGCAUCUUUAGUGUUUGUCUUGAAAAGAGAAGGCUACUUUAGUGAGCUCUGUGUCAAUGCAACUGGACUGAAUGAGAGUCAAUACACAGACUGUACAAAUCAGGAUAAUCAACUCUCUCUUGUUUUUACCACUGCGGCUUUCUCAAGAGACUUCCUGAGGUUCCCAGUGGGGUUUAUUUUCGAUGCUUUUGGGACCUUGGCUAUAAGGCUGAUAGCAAUAUUCCUGUAUGUUACCGGAACUUUCCUGAUUACGGUUUCCAGUGCAGAGUUGUCGGUGCUGUUGUUCCCAUCCGUGGCAUGUUUGUUGAUGUCUGGGAUGAUAUUCUACAUAACAAACACACAGGUGGGGAAUCUUUUUAAGAAACACCGCAGUGCUGUCAUCACUGUCUAUGCAGGGGCGUUUGAAUCGUCUGCCGCUAUGCUUCUCGUAGUAAAGGUGCUGUAUGAGAGUGGAAUCUCUCUUCACAUCUCUUUUUUUUUCCUCUGCCUGUGUGGGGUCCUUCAUCUCCUUCGUUCUCUGCUCCUCAUGCCAUCGGCUCACAUCCCAUACCCAAUCCCAGAAAACUACACCUAUGGGUUACACUGCUGUUACCCGUCAGAAAGCCUAACUAAAGAGGAGGAAGGGGGCAUAAACACUAGUGACAUAGCUCCAAAUAAAGAAGGAGCCAUUGUUGAUAUGUAUCUGGAGGAAUCACCUCCCAUCAAACCAGUCUCACAGGAUGAAAUCAGUUUUAUGGACUGUGUGUUCUCCAAGCUGUUUUUUGGGCACCUGUUGUGGUUCUCCCUCAUGCUGCUACGUCAAACUCUGUUCAUCAGCACCCUGAACCCCACGUUAAACCGACUGUCCGACGAAGACUCGGCGACAGUGAGUAAGUAUACCAAUGCCUUUGCUAUCAUUCAGUUCUGUGGAGUGCUUUUUGCUCCCUGGAAUGGAUUCCUCAUGGACAGACAGAGAAUUAGAGCUCUUACGACUGGAAAGACCGAGAGGGAAGCAGAUCUGACGGCCAUUCUUCUCUCUCUCUUCCUCACAUCCGUCAUCUGUUUUCUCUUCUCCCUUUGCAUUUCCAUUCCUGUUCUCCCUCUCCAGUACGUGACCUUUGCCCUUCAGGUCAUCAGCAGUUCAUGCAUGUAUGGAGGGCACGCUGCUUUCAUUAACAUUGCCUUUCCUAUCAGACAUUUUGGAAAGUUGUCUGGCAUGCUAAUGAGUUUAGCGUCUCUUGUACAGCUGCUUCAAAUGCCCUUACUGAAUUUCAUUUCUGAACGUCUCCACGGCGACCCGCUCUACGUGAACGUCGGUAUGACUUUACUGUCUUUGGUUGUGUUUAUUCAUCCGCUCCAAGUCUACAUCCAUUGCAGAGGAUUGGCCAGUAAAAGUAAGAACAGUUCCUCUGAGAUGUGUCGAAGCCUCUCAACGGAGAGCGUUCGUCCGAACAUUCAGUGA